CCAACACGUAGCACACCCUUCAUGUCCCCACAGCAACCACCUCAUCAUCAUCGAUCUUGGCCAGCCCUAGCUACAACAGCAACUCCCCACAUCUUACUCUCAUCAUCCAUACUAAUACGAUCUUUACAUCCACCUAGCUUGCAAGAGCUUAAGCUAAGUAGCUACUAGUACUACCACAGCAUCACAGUUCACAGCCCACACAGAGGUUUACCAAGAAGGCAAGAAGAACACAGGCCAAGAGAAGACAAACCAAAGUAAAGCAGCAAGCUUUCGCUCCCAAAUCAGGCCAUGGGGGUGGAAACGGAAAUCCUGAGCUCCACGGCCACCCAGUACUCCUCCGCGGCUUCCACGGCCACCACGGAGUCCGGCGCCGGUCGGAUUCCGACCGCGGCCCUGCCGGCUGUCACCUCGCGGCCGCCGACGUCAUCGUCUUCUUCGUCUUCCUCGCGGUUCAAGGGCGUGGUGCCGCAGCCCAACGGGCGCUGGGGCGCGCAGAUCUACGAGAGGCACUCGCGCGUGUGGCUCGGCACCUUCCCCGACGAGUCCUCGGCCGCGCGCGCCUACGACGUGGCCGCGCUCCGGUACCGCGGCCGCGACGCCGCCACCAACCACCCCUCCACGGCCGGCGCCGCUGCCUCCGUCUCCGGCGCCGAGCUCGCGUUCCUGGCGGCGCACUCCAAGGCGGAGAUCGUGGACAUGCUCCGGAAGCACACGUACGCGGACGAGCUGCGGCAGGGCCUGCGCCGCGGCCAAGGCGCCGGCGCGCGCGUGCGCACCCCGGCGUGGGCGCGCCAGGUGCUCUUCGAGAAGGCCGUGACCCCCAGUGACGUCGGCAAGCUCAACCGGCUCGUGGUGCCCAAGCAGCACGCCGAGAAGCACUUCCCUCUCAAGCGCCGCGCGUCCUCCCAGCUGCCGGAGCCGGAGAAGACGGCCGGCGCCGGCAUCGGCGCCGGCAACAAGGGCGUACUGCUCAACUUCGAGGACGGGGAAGGGAAGGUGUGGCGCUUCCGAUACUCGUACUGGAACAGCAGCCAGAGCUACGUGCUCACCAAGGGGUGGAGCCGCUUCGUCAGGGAGAAGGGGCUCGGCGCCGGGGACGCCAUCGUCUUCUCCUGCAGCUCGGCCUACGGGGAGAAGCAGUUCUUCAUCGACUGCAAGAAGAAGAAUGGCAAGCUCGUCUCCAUGCCUACGGCAUGCGCGUCGGCAACGAAGGGGGGAGAAGAAGAAGCAGGACGUGUGGUCAGGCUGUUUGGCGUCAACAUCGGCGCCGGAGAGAAGAGAGCGGCGCCGGCAGAGCAAGGAGGGUUGUUCAAGAGGCAAUGCGUGCAGGCUGAUCGUCGGCAGCAGCAGUCUCCUGCCCUAGGUGCCUUCGUCUGCUUAUAGUAGAUCUCUGCACAUACAUAGAUCAUAUAUUCGAUCCCGGCCCGGACACUUGUUGCUAGUGAUGGAUAUGUUAAUUUGUUUGUGGAUUUGAGUUGUUUUGUUCCUCAAUUUUGCAUUGGAGAAAUCAGUUUCAAGUUAGAUUGCGAAAUGAGUUGUAUGUAAUUAAUUAUGUACUGCUAUAUGUGUAGCUGUUUUUACACACUUAGGAAUUGUAGAUAUCAUCAUAAUAAGCCUGAGAUAGAUCUUGUCCUACUCCUGGCUAGGUGUACAUCAGUAGGUUCCAUUCUGCCUGUUUUAAAGAUGUGAACUCUCUGUAUUGUUUUGAUGAUAUUGUAUAUUCAUGACUUAUAUGGAGUAUUGCUGAGAUUAAUUGGCUA